GGCAAAGAAGGUAUCCUGAGAUGUCAUCCUGAUUUGGCUGGGAGAGAAUUAACAAGUGGAUCAUUAACAAUAGAAUCCCAGCAGGAGCAAAGACAAGCCGGUCUCACCACCCUUACAAGUGGAGAACGGGAAACACUUGGUCUCCUAAAUUCUCAAUACAAGACCAAGUUUGGAUUUCCCUUUGUAAUAUGUGCUAAGAUGUCAGAUAAAUAUAAAAUUAUGGAGGCAUUGCGCUCUCGCCUUCAAAAUGAUCCAUCGCAAGAACUUCAAAAGGGCAUUGAAGAAGUUAAAAAAAUUUGUCAUUUGAGGGUUCAAGAGUUGAGUAAAGGCGUUCUUCCACCUGCAAAAUUGUAA